AUGGACGAUGCUACGAGUGAACUCAACGAGCGCUUUGCGGGAAGUAACCCCGAUGGGCUUCCUGAGGAUGUUCUCGUCGAAUUCCGGUCAAUUCUGAACCUCCAUGCGAUGACUGCGCAAGAAUUGUUUUACAAGUGGGAGUCAUAUUCCAUUAAGAUGGGCUCGGAGGAGACAAAACUGACUUUGGAGUCUGCUCGAGCGCUGAAGAGGGAUAUUCAAGAUGCGCUAGAACGAGAAGCAAGGGGGAAAUCACAGCUGAAAUCAACAGAAAAGCGUUCAGGGCUUGGGGUUGGUCAGCGUGCAACAGGGCAUCAAGAUGUAUUUGAUAUGCUUGACGACUUGGUUCCCAUUACACCACAUCGAGCAGCUGGGAGUGGCCCUAUCAAACGAAAAGCUGGCUUUGACUCCCCUAUGGUCUCUAAGGCAAGCAGAGGAGGGAAUAUAACUUCUCCAGGAAAUAGCCGAACACCUAUAAAAUCCCUCAAUGUACAAUCCGAAACCCUUCCGCAAACUCCUUUUUCUGAACGCAAAAAUAGCGGGCAAGUACUAGAAACCCUGAAUUCAAAUUUAGAAAUGGCCCAGGCACCAAUAGCACCAUACUCAGAUCCUCGCGUCAAAUUAACAGCGAAUACGGACUUGAAAAAGUUCGCAUAUAAACCAAUGGCAAUGAAAUUAUCGGAAGCUUCUGAGGUACUCGACGAUAGGAUAGACGAAUUUGCAGAGAUUUACCAGAAGCAAUACAGUUCAGACGAUACACCAUUUGGAAAUGCCGCCAGCCAGAGCACGAAGACUAUAAUUGCUGUGGGGAGAAUAGUUUCUGAUAGCCUAGAAGGGAAACUCAAUACAGCGUCAUUGCUUCUCGAAAUGUCACGACGGACCGGAGCCGGCUUACGAGUGCCAUUGAAUGUAACCUCAUUACCCUCGGUUCAAUUCUUUCCUGGACAAAUCGUCGCGAUUAAAGGAAUUAAUGCCUCUGGAAAUUAUUUUUCGGCCUUGGAGGUUCUAGCACCACCCUUGCUUCCACCUGCCGCUUCUCCGCCUGAAACAAUAACAGCGAUAAAUGACCGGCUCAGUCAAUCGGGCACGCAACCUUUAAGUACAUUUCUAGCAUCGGGCCCAUACACAACCGAUGACAAUCUAAAUUUUGAGCCUUUAAAUGCGCUAUGUGCCAAGGCAGCGGAAAAAUUUGUUGAUACAGUAAUACUAACAGGGCCGUUCCUAGAUAUUGAACACCCACUAAUAGCAUCCGGCAAUUUUGAGCUGCCUGAAAUAACAGGAGUUGAUCCAGACACCGCAACGUUAUCCACGCUCUUCAGAUACUGCAUUUCUCAGCCCCUUCAUCAACUUGCUAUAGCUGUGCCUAACAUAACUAUCAUUUUGAUCCCUUCAGUGCGUGAUUCUGUCAGUAAACACGUUUCCUGGCCACAGGAGAUGUUGAUAAAACGAGAGCUUGGACUUCCAAAGCAAGCACGAAUGUUGCCCAAUCCAGCCGCCAUAUCACUAAAUGAAUGCGUGCUCGGGCUCUGUUCCUACGAUAUUCUAUAUGAAUUGAGAAAUGAAGAGGUUUUAAGCGGAACUUUAACUGAAGGAAAUCUACUGACAAGGUUGCCACGAUACCUCAUUGAACAACGGCAUUUCUCCCCUGUCUUCCCACCCUCCUCAAGGCAGAGAUUGCCAAAGUUAGACGGGGAGGAAAGGACAUCAGUUGGCGCUGCUAUUGAUCUUCGAUACUUGAAACUGGGGGAAUGGUGGAACGUGCGACCGGACAUACUUAUUACUCCAAGCAUACUACCCCCAUUCGUCAAGGUUGUUGACAGUGUUCUGGUCAUCAAUCCGGGAACUUUAUCCAAAGCGAGAGGUCCUGGGACAUACGUACAGAUUGCAAUGCAUCCACGGUUAGUCUCGGAUCAGGAACAAAGUGCCAAAACUAUUCGUCACCAUAUAUUCGAAAGAGCUAGGGUUGACGUGAUUAGAAUUUAA